AUGACAAAUAUUUCAUCAAAAGAUAAGAAAACAUUCAUUUUGUUUACUCUUCUUUAUUUUGUUUAAGGCAUCCCUUUAGGAUUAUGGUCAUAGACACUUAUGAUGAUAUUACUUGAACAUGGUGUACCAUAUACUAACUUAGGUAUAAAUCAAUGAAUUAAGAUUAUAGCGAUGCUUUCGCUUGCCAUAUAUCCAUUUUCAUUUAAAAUGUUAACAGCUCCUUUUUUAGAUGUUUAUUAUUUAAAAUCUAUUGGAAAAAGAAGAACUUAUGUAAUACCAAUUUAAUAUAUUAUGGCAAUUGUUUACUCAUUAUUAUAUUUUACACAAAUCUCUACUUGGAUCUACAAUGUUGAAUUACUGACACUAAUUGGCUUGAUAUUAAUUCUGUUGUCUGCUCAUUAAGAUAUUGCAGUAGAUGGAUGGGUUCUCACAGCAUUUAGUUCUGAACAUAAUCAUUUAGGAGCAACUGCAUAAACUGUUGGUUAAAUGACUGGAGGCAUAUUCAGUACUACUAUAUUUUUAACCUUAAAUUCUAAGACUUUUUGUAAUUCAUACAUUUACACUACACCUUAAGAAACAGGUAUUCUAUCCUUAGAUCUAUUUUGUUUGAUUAAUGCAUUCUAUUUGAUUGUCCUUACUAUAUAUGUUCAAUUAUUUACUACAGAAUCAUAAAUACAAGAAUCUUAGGAAGAAAUUAAAUAACAUGAAAUUCAAACUGUAUUUAGAAAUCUCAAAGAAUUAGCUUCCAAAAAAAAUUUAUAAUUCUUAUUUCUUCAUCUCUUAUUAUUUAGAUUUUGUUUUUAACCAAUAUUAACAUCUACUUGUAUUUAUUUUCAUUAUUUAAUUUAUAGCAUCCUUACUUAUUGCUUAAGGAUUGAAAAAAGAGAUGAUAGCUUAUAUAUAAACUAUCAUGAUUCCAAUAAACUUUAUUUUAAUUGCUUUAAUUGGAAAAUAUUCUAAAAGAGGAAAUGAACUCUAGAAAUUCUUUUAUUAUUUAACAUUUAGAAUAGCAGAAGCAAUUUUAACAUAUUCUUCUUUUAAAUUAUUCCCUGAUCUUCUUACUCAUGAAUCUAUUUAUUCAUAUCUUUACUUAGUAAGAUUUAUUUAUUCUAUUCUAGAUAUUUUUUGGAAUUACAUCAAGCUUUUUAUCAAAUAUUUUAUUCAUUAAUCAUGGAACUCUUUUUAAUAGAAUAAGUGAUCCUAAUGUUGGAGCCACUUCCUUAACUUUAAUCAAUAGCAUUCAUAAUUUAGGAGGAGCUGUAAAUAGUUUAUAUAAUAGAUUUAGAUAGUUGAGUCUGUGUCAAUUUUAUCCUUGUCUCUUUUUUCUUAUGAUUUUGUGGCUUUGUUGACUGUUUGUUUUGGAAUCAGUUAUUAUUUCAUUCUUAAAAAACCAUUAAUAGAAAUAACAGCGUAUAAUCAUUUUUAUUAUCAUUUUAGAUAGAAUUAAUAAUCAUGGUAAACUUAGAAAAAGUCAGUUGAUUGA